CAAAGAGAAAAGCGGAAGGGGACGAGGAAGGUGGGAACCGAAAGAAGGAUAAACGAAGAUAUCCUGAUGAAUCAGAAGAGGGUCGGGACAGCCUUAUGGUUAUCUCAUCUAAAAGGUCCUCCAUCAUCAGGCAAGAGUACUCUUGGACAGGUGCUCCGAGACUAUUUUGAAAGUCUCAAUUAUGAUAGCAUAUACAUUAGUCUUGCUAGUAUCAAAGGUAAACAAGAAAUCUACGAUGAGGUGCUCUUUGAAAAUUUCUGGAAGAAGAAAGUUGGUAGAACCUGGACAGAAAUCAGUGAAUGCAAAAAGGAUACUUAUGUGUUUAUAGAUGAGAUACAGAUUAUCUAUGGUAAUCGCACUCCAUUCUUUUGGGGUAUAGUGAAAGAUCUUUUGUCAAGCGAAUCAAAUCUUCAAAAUAUUCGGAUAAUUUUGCUCGGCACAUACCAUCCAACACUUGAUCCUCAAAUGACACCCGUGGAAAUUCGUCAUACACUUGGUUUGGAUGCCCUACUUCUAACAUGGGAAGAAGUCCAUCAGCUUAUAAUGUUCUAUAUUCAGAGACAUGCUACUUUAGGUAGCCCGAGUUUCAACAUCCCUGGACCUGUUCAGAAGGCAAUCUUUAAUCUCACUGGUGGAUAUCCUGUGGAAAUGUUGCGAUAUCUUGCUUCAUCAUAUCUACGAGAUGGUAUAAUAUCAACUGCGCGUGCUUUUCACUGGAUCCGUGAUUGGAAUAUAACAGAUGAAGAAUCUGAAUUUAUUCGCAAAAAGCUACUCCAUCAAAUUGGCAUUCCCUUUUCUGCUGACUAUGCCUCGAAUCCUGUUACUAAUAAAUUUGUUAAGAUGGGUCUCUUCUCCACGUUUGAUUCUGAUGAACGAAUACAAUUUUCCGCCCCUAUAACGCGAGUUAUUCUGAGCCACUACCUGUUCACCGCCCCUGUAAAUUUUAAGUCAUUACCUGCAAGAACCUUUGAUGAGUUUUUGGUGCGAACCAUUGAGCGCAUGAGCCCAUCUAAGUUGUCUGAAUCGAUUGGAAAAGGAUAUGGUGAUAAUUCACAUUUAUAUGAGAGAAGUUGGCAAAUGGAAUGGUAUCGUACUGCUACAACUGUAGUCCCAGAGGGUACAUCAAUAAGUGCUGAUGUUGGUGCCGUGUUUGGCUCAGUUGGAUUUCUGGAUUUCUAUGUUAAUGGAAAACUUUGCUGGGGAAUUGAGCUGACACGUGAGGGUAACAGUUUGAAGGUGCAUGCAGAACGAUUUGAGCAAGGUGGCAAGUAUGCUGACAUCCCAUUAAAAGAUUGGGCCAUCAUUGACUUCCGACAUCAUACAAAACAAGUAAGGGAAUUAAAACAAAACUUCUGGUAUGUGUUAUAUGAUGAUAACUAUAAAUGCGUUAUUAUCAAACGUCGUGAUCAGGAUGACAAAGUCCUUGCCUUACAUGGUGAUUAA